ACGUGUAUAUAUAUUCGAUUUUUCAGCAUCGUCGUCUCUGUUUCCAUCUACUUUCUCUUUCAUCUCUGUUCCCGAUUUCAUCGUUAAUUGGUAAAGAAAAAAAAUUCAGUGGAACAUCUCUCUUCUUCUUCUUAUCUCAAGAACAGAUUUUCGAUUUAAAGCCUCGAACUUUCUCUAUGGCGGAAGAGCAUCGAUGUCAGACGCCGGAAGGCCACGGUCUCUGUGCUAACAACUGCGGCUUCCUCGGCAGCUCCGCCACCAUGAAUCUCUGCUCUAACUGCUACGGCGAUCUCUGCCUUAAGCAACAAGCUUCCAUGAAAUCCACCGUCGAAUCCUCUCUCUCCGCCGUAUCUCCUCCGUCGUCAGAGAUGGCUUCUGUUUCUUCCUCGAUGAUCUCACCUCUCGUUCAGAACCCAUCGGCGGAAUUGGAUGUAACAGCGAAAAACGUGACGGUGACGGUGACUCCGCCGCCGGAGAAGACGGUGGUGCAGCAGCAGAAACGGCCGAAUCGUUGCUCAACUUGCAGGAAACGGGUCGGGUUGACCGGGUUCAAGUGCCGCUGCGGGACGACUUUUUGCGGGGCCCACAGGUACCCGGAGGUCCAUGGAUGCACCUUUGAUUUCAAAUCGGCCGGUCGCGAAGAGAUCGCGAAGGCGAACCCGUUGGUCAAAGCGGCGAAGCUUCAGAAGAUUUGAUCGGAGUCGUUCGAUACGUUGACUUUUCGAUCUUCGUUUGAACGCGUCUGUCCCCGAGAAAUGGUGUUAGAUUGAUCUCAGCCGUUUGAUCAUUUGUCAUUAUGUAAAAGAUAUGUAUUACAAUGGGACACGUGUCGCGUGACGCUUUCCUCAUCUUCCCAAUUAAUUUUCUUUUCCCCAUAAAGAAAUAAGAUUAUUCGCGUUGGCUUUUCUCUCCGGCAAAUUGUGUGGCUUUUGCGUGUAGAAAAUUAUUUAG